AUGGAGGCCAACCGUCACGAGCGUGGAAGUGUUGUCCGGCUCACCUACUUUCCGGAAAUCCAGACCCUGAUCGUGAAAGUCCCAUCUCGUGAGCAUGAAAUAGCCCAACCAAAUAUCGGCCAGCUUCUAACCCGCAAAGUGCCCACUCCUAAGGAAGAAGAUGCAAAAGCUCACGAAGUCGGACAGCCCACUACCUGCAAAAUCGUCGGCCGAUGGCCAACGAUGCUCUUCUUUCCUGAGAAGGAAGACUUCCACGGACCGUUCACCAUUGACUCGGGCUACGGCUGUGAGACCGUCGGCCCGAUGAGCGAUUAUUUGGAUGAGGACAGGAUGCGAGAGAAGAUGGGUGAUAAUCUGCCGGGGGCUAUCGAGUCCAUCCCGUCUUCGCCUCUGGCUCUUGCUGUGUCGACCCCAGCCCACGCAUGA